UAUUUGUAUCACUUUAAUGAUGGUAUUAACAAGCAAUCUUAUAUUAAUUAUACUCCUUUUCGAAUCAUAUCAUAGUUCAAUUGUAUCACCCUGGUGAUGCAACUUGAUACAAUGAAUACUUGAAGCGAAUCAUAGUUGUAUUUCUCAUCGAAUACAACCUGUAUCAAUUUGUAUUCGUCCUCUCUCGUCUCUCUGCCAAUGUUUAUGGUCUUGAUGAAAAUUGUGAGCAGACAUAAUAUGCAGAGUUCAAAGUACAUAGCUCUUUCCAACCUCUUAAAGGGUCGCAUUUCCCAUAAUCACCUUCAACAAAUCCAUGCUCGAGUUUUCCGUAUUGAUGUUCACCAAGACAAUCUCAUAGCUACUCGUCUUAUUGGUCAAUACCCAUCAAAAUUUUCCCUUCGUAUACUUUUUCAUCAGUUAAAAAAACCCAACAUUUUCCCCUUUAACUCUAUUAUUAGAGUACUAAGUGAAGAAGGAAAGUUCACUAAUGCAUUCUUGGUAUUCAACAAGUUAAGAUAUCAGUUCAUUUUGCCUAAUGAAUUGACUUUUUCGUUUAUGCUCAAAGCUUGUUGUCGUUCUGGGUGUUCAUAUUAUGUUCAGCAAGUUCAUACCCUUGUUGUGAAAUUGGGAUUUAGUGAUGACCCAUUUGUGAGUAAUGGGUUGUUGAGUGUCUACGCAAGGAGAUUGGAAGAGUUAUGGUGUGCGCGUAAGGUGUUUGAUGAAAUGCCUGAGAAGGAUGUUGUUUGUUGGACUUGUUUGAUUUCUGGGUAUGCAAAGUUUGGUUUGUCUGAGGAAGGUUUGGGUUUGUUUUUGUGUAUGGUGAAGAAGAAGUUCGUCCCUGAAAAUGAUACUAUGGUCAGUGUUUUAUCUGCGUGUUCGAAGCUUGAUAUAUCGAAUAUUGAGAAAUGGGUUGGGAAUUUUUGGCAUUUAAUGGAGCAUUAUGAUUUGGGGUGUUCAGGAUGUGACUCGGUUAGUGUUGUACUUGCUUACUUGUAUGGGAAGUUGGGGAAAAUUGGUAAGAGUAGGGAAAUGUUUGAACGGAUUUCUGGCGAUGGAAAGAGAAGUGUGAUUCCUUGGAAUGUUAUGAUAGGCACGUAUGUGGGGAAUGACUCUGCUUUGGAUGGUUUAUGUGUUUUCCGGUUAAUGAUGGAGCUUAAUUGUUGUUGUCCCAAUCAUGUGACAAUGGUUAGUGUGCUUUCGGCUUGUGCUCAAGUUGGUGAUUUGUACCUUGGUUUGUGGGUUCAUGAGUACAUGAAAGGUAGUAGGCAAAAAAGCUUUUUACUUUCAAAUGCAAAUCUUGCAACUGCUUUGAUAGAUAUGUACUCUAAAUGUGGGAGUUUAGAGAGAGCAAGAGAUGUUUUUGACCAAUUGGUAGUAAAAGAUGUUGUUUCAUUCAAUGCUAUGAUUAUGGGUCUCGCAUUGAAUGGUAAAGGUAAUGAGGCAUUAAAACAUUUCUCAAAAAUGCUAGAACUCAAUUUGUGUCCAAAUGCUGGGACGUUCCUUGGUUUGCUAUGUGCCUGCAGUCACUCAGGGUUGAUAGCAAAAGGACGUCAAAUAUUUAAGGAAAUGAGCCAAUAUUUUAGAAUGGCUCCUAAAUUGGAACAUUAUGCUAGCUAUAUUGAUCUCCUUGCUCGAGUAGGUUAUGUUGAGGAAGCACUUCAAGUUGCUACCUCAAUGCCUUUUAAACCCAAUAAUUUUGUAUGGGGAGCUUUACUUGGUGGCUGCACGCUACAUAACAGAUUGGAAUUGGCCCAAAUUAUUUCCUCCAUUCUUGUUGAAAUGGACCCCAACAAUUCUGCUGGCUAUGUGAUGUUGUCCAAUACAUAUGCCAUUGAUCAUCACUGGAGUGAUAUUUUGCGGUUGAGAUUGUCUAUGAAGGAAAAGGGAGUAGUAAAGCAGCCAGGAUGUAGCUGGAUCAACAUUGAUGGAGCAGUGCAUGAAUUUCUGGCUGGGUCCUCGUUGCAUCCUCAGAAUAAAAGCCUUCAUAGUGUAUUACAGGUCUUACUGAAGGAGAUGAAGCUGACGAGUAUUUGAGUAGCACCCUCUUUCUACCAUAAGAUUUUCCGGAGUUAAACUAUGGGCUCGGUGGGAUAGAGCUCCAUUAAAGAUCUCUGUUGUUUUGAAAGCAGCAGCCAGUCCCAUGAAAUGAGCCUUUGUUUUCAACUGAUGCAUGCUGCUGCUGUGAUCCUUAGUUUUAUUGCUUGCUACAACUUUGGAGUUAUUUCUGGACAUCCAUUAGCCUUUAUUCACUUUUUAGCCGACUAAUAUCAGAAAUGAUGAUGUGAGUAACCCUCUCACUCCCUGAGUUGGGGCUGGGAAGCAUAAUCAGGGACAUCUUGGGUCGUCACCUAAUCGGUACGGAGAGAACAGUAGGCCAAAAUGGGGAGGUGGGUAUAAACGAAUCAGGAGGGUAUUUGGUGAGGCUGAUUCCAUGAACUUCAUGAACCGGCCUGGUUCCAGCAGGGCUCGGCCCAUUCAUAGUGGAUGAUGACAUCAUGGUCUGAUUUCUCAUCUUAUUACAUCUCUUAUUUCAAGCCUCGGAAACAGCCUCUGACAGAAAUGCAAGGUGAGCCUGUGUACAAUACACCCUUGUGGUGGGGCCCUUCCCCGGACCCUGCGCAUAGCGGGAGCUUUAGUGCACCGAGCUGCCCUUUUUUUGCUGUUGGGAAUCUUUUUUCUAGAAAUGUGAAAGUGAAUGAUUGAACAUAUUAUUUCUUCUGUGUUUAUGUUGUUUCAAUUUGGCCAAGAUUUUUUGAAAUAGUUGCCUUUAGGAGUGCAUUUGAAUCUGUGAAUUGCGAUUAAACUUGUUUCAUGAGUGUGCGAUUUUGUUUAUUAUUAGCUUUCUUGAUUGAGCGGGAGUAAUCAUUUAAGGUUGUUUUCCUUUUCAACAAAAUAAAAAUGGCUCAUUUGAUACUAUUGGGAGGAAAUAUUAUAUAGGUUUGAUUUGUCCUCUGUAGCUCAUCUUUGAAUUUAUCUUUGUUAUUGCCUUGUUGGUUGGGAAGUAGCAGUUCAAUGUUUGAAAGUCUACACGUCCCAUAGUAUGCAAAUUCAGGCUUUUGUCCUGUUCUUGGAUGCUUAAGACCAAAAUCUGGUCUACAGAUGUAGACGAUAAGUUUUUAUUUUUCUCUAAAAGGAAGAAAGCUGCUUCUGAAUAAGCUGAAAGUUCUAAUGAUGGUUGCACUGAUAGUGCCAACUAUUGCAGUUGUGCUUCUUCCUACAAUCUUUUUUCGUUCUCUUUUUGGUCAGUCCAAAUUUUUUAUAGUAGUGGUGUCUGGGCCAGCUUGUGCCCACCUAUUUCACCGGGUGUGUUGCAGUCAGUUCAUGUGCAUCAUCACUAAAGAAUAUAAUGUUCUAUUGUUCUGUUCACAUUCACUACUUGAAAGUAAAGUGGUCUAUUUGCUGUUGGCAUUCUGCAAAUGCUAGUAGUCUCAAGUGCAAACUUUCAGCAUCUUGUAAUAUGAUCAUUUGUCAUAUGGCAUGCUUUAAUUCAACUUAAACUUCUGAUUGUUAGAAAAGCAAACUAAGCAGGAAUUACGCAUUAACUCAAAGCUAUUGGACAUUGAGGGGAAGAACAAAUAAUGGUAUUUGUCCCCUCAUGGAAACGCAAAAUCCUUGGGGUUUUACAGACCCCAAUACUGCAAUUUAAGUUGACAUCAACAGUUGUUUUUGCAUGUUGAAGUGUUGUAUAUGGACGGGAGUUCAAGGUAGCAGAGCAAAAAGACGGAGAUAACAUAAUAUUGAGAGCCAGAGGGCCGUAUUUCUGAUCCGUAUUUUAAUUCUGGUUUGCAGAUCUUGAGGAUGGGUAAAGUGUUAAUAUUGAGAGCCAGAGGGCCGAAUUAAUUCGAAUUUGCUUCGGAAAAUCUUAUUCGGAGGGGUAAAGUAUUUACUACCAAAGAUGAUUUUAUACCCAUUACUCGAACUUUAAACCUUUGAUAAUGUUUUUUUUACAGGUAAAUGACAAUUGUUGCAAGAGCUCUCUUGCAUUAAGAGUUGUCUGGUAGCUAGUAAAGAACCAACUUAUUUAUGUAUUAAUUUUUGCAGAAAUUAUAUAACUUUGAUUAAGAAGUAAGUUAUGUAUAAAGUUAAUACGAUAUUUGAUUUUACGA